UUUCGACCUUGCGGAGUUGCCGAUGAUAAAAAUACGGAGAGCACACAGAUCUGAUUGGAAAUUGAGAUUAUCUAUUUGCAAGGAACCGCCCCAGGCCCGUCGGCUAGGAUAAUUUCAGGCACUCCGACAUGUUGUGGGCAGACUGCUCAGACGGACGUCUUGAGAGUGAGGCCUCGGAGAGUUUCGAAGUUGUGUGAGACGCACGUCGAAAGGCACCUCGCGCGCAUCCGCAGGCCUCGCUCCUUUGGAAGAACGCACACAUGGAAUUCCACAGUCCAAUUGAGACCGUCACACGAUGCGGCGGCAAAUACCGAAUGCUUUGCUCUUGCCAAAUCAGGGUUUCGUCUCAAACUCGUGCAGUGGCGCGCAUCUCCUGCCUCAUCCGCCGCUACCGAACCAGAUCGGCUACCACCACUCCAGCAAAAAUGGACGUCGUCAUACCUGCCCCACAGCAGGACCAAUCUACCCCGACCAUCUCUGCCACUGCCUCGACGAUCCAUGUGCUUCCGCACACACAGUACUCCGCGCCUCCCGUCUCACCGGCUUCCGUCCUUCCUUACCCUUGGAUCAGUUCCGAGCAUGGUUCGCCGAAGCAGCGAAAGAGGUACCUGAGCCCGAGGCCAUGACUCUCUGCACCAUCGCCCAGGGGUCUGACUCGAUUGGACUUGGCAUCCCCUCUGCACGCAUCGUGCUCCUGAAGCGCGCAGACCCGCGCGGAUUCGUGUUCUUCACCAACUACACAUCGGCAAAAUCCGAAUGCCUAUCUAAUCACCCUUUCGCGGCCCUCGUAUUCUAUUGGCACCCCUUACAUCGUUCAGUCCGUGUCCAGGGCAAAGUGGAACGGCUGCCGUCGGGAGAGAAUGCCGAGUAUUUCAACUCGCGGCCCCUAGGCAGCCGGCUUGGUGCUUGGGCGAGUCCUCAAAGUAAACCCGUAGGAGAGGGGGAACUCGAGGGACGUGUCGAGGAGGUCAAAGCCAAAUUCGGCGUGACCGAAGAUACCACGGAUGCAGAGAUCCCGUGCCCUGAAUUCUGGGGCGGAUGGCGUGUGGUGCCCACGACCAUUGAAUUCUGGUCCGGCCGCCCUUCGCGCCUACAUGAUCGCAUCGUCUACUCGCGGGCAGACAUUGAAAGCGAGGAUUGGAAGGUGGAACGGCUCGCGCCCUGAGUAGCCGAUGUAAUUGUGCUCAAUCACCCGUCUCUUCUCUGGACGUUUGCCGAUAUCCACUGUCAUGCCCUCCCGCUCUAUUACGAUAGGCGCCGGCUCACCAGGGACCGACGCAUGGCUCACAGCAAGAAGCACUCCGGCAUUGCGGAUCUGAGAGUGAGGCUCUAAGAAUGAAAGUUCUCUUUGCUUUUUGGUGAUGUGUUGUGUCCCCUGUAAAUCCGCCAGUCUUGCGCAGUUGCCUUGGUCGUCGCCCCGAUUAUAGCUCCAGUCGUGAGCCUCGACAGAGCGAGCAUCGUCAUAUAUCCACAUAUAUUCCGAAUCUAUACCAGGACGACCUAUCACAGUUGGUGUACAUGCGUGACGCCCGUCAAUCUUUCUGUCUUUCCGGUCUAGCCACUUCGAGACUUGUCGUCCCCAUGUGUCGUCCACCUGCGUCCAAGGGACAGCAUUGGUCAGUGACUUGCCCUGUUAUCUAUAUUCGAUCCAACUGUUCUUCGGUUAUACUGCUGUGGCGCUAUUAGCGUCCCUAUCCGGUUCAGAGCACCUGGUAGACCCGGAAUCACAUGAAAUGAAUUUUCCAUCAUUCACGGUGAUCAGCAAUAAACACCCCCCGAAGUGUCGGUCCGCAGUGUGCAGAAGCAGUGGGGAAAGUCCUGAGAGAAGUUCUGUCAAGAUUCGGGGCGGGAAGUGUUCCUUGAUUCCCUUGGACUCGAUCAUUCUGAAUCUGAACCUAAUGCCAGCCGCUCAAUGCUCAAGUCAUGAGUCAUUCAUUGUCCAGGUCCUGCUGAUCAGGCGCUCUAGCUGAGACGAGCGCUGGCAACAUGUCAGUUGCAAUAUCAAGUCGUCCCGUUACCUUCGCGACGUCCGUCCUCGACUCCUCGCGCGUCGGACUGUGCGAUGUCUGUCAAGCACGACAGGACAUAGAGUGCUUUAAUACUCUAUCAGUCGUGGGGGGUAAUUGCGAUGGUGUGCAGACAGGGGACUUACUGCGCAGAUGUUUCAAGUACUUGGAUCCUUGAUACUGAUGAUCCUCAGUAGAUGCGAAAGGACACGCGGUAACGUGACCCACGUGUGGUGUGGGCACGCGGCUUUCAUCCACCUUUUGUUUUGGCGCGUUUGGGUACGUGUCUCUCGGUGUCGCCAUCCAGCAGGAGAUCCAAUAGCUCUUGCCCCUGCAGAGCUCUGACGUACUCCCUGAGGAAAGGCUCGUAGUCAUGUGUCCGUUUAACAUGCUCUGUCUGGGUUUGUCAGGGCAGAGAUGUGGUGCAGACAGACAGAUCCUACAUUAGCUCUCCUUGUCUUCAGCACCUCGUCCUCGAGUGCAAUCUUGGCUAACAAGGCAUCGCUGACACAUUGCUCCCAAGCUCUUGGCAGCGCACGGACAGGCAUUUCCAUGAUUUCUAUGUCUCGGGUCAUCCGUCGGCUGCCAAAAUCCAGGGCAAAAGUACGACCGGGCUCAGCCGAGCCGUCAGGAGAUUCGAAAACAGAUUGGACCUGCUGUAACAGGACUGUGUCGACGCCGGAUUGCCAACCGGACUGAUCGCUGGUCAACCGACGCUCGAGAGCGACACGAUCUCGUUUGAGGAAUUCGAGAUGGUCAUUGGCUUUUUCGUAUAGGCCGUCUACGAGAGCGAGAAGGCUGAAACGGAUGUUUGCGCCGCUGGCAGCCCCACCGUAUUUCUGCAUCUUCAUCCGAAGAGCUGGUCGCACGACGUCCAUCCACGUUCCCGAGUCGGUGCCCUCCUCCCCAGGUUCAGGCAAUUCACCAACUUCGAGGGGACCAGACUUGAGUCCGUCCAGCUCCCAUACUUUACCAAACGCGGGCACAUACCCUAUGAAAUGGUACACUUCCUCGGUCUCCACUUCUUUCUUGGGCUUGACCGGCGAUCCGGUUUUCACGGGUCGCCCCUUGCUUGUCUUGGGAUCCCCGUGUUCUUUCUUCUUCGCCGCGGCCAACGUUGUGCUGGCAAGAUUGUGCAGGGCCCCGCGGAUAUCUGAUGGACUGGGAAUACCUCAGAUGAUCCGAACAGUACAGAGACUAGGGGAGAGAGCACACCGUGCAAGACCAGUAUGGGCACUUCGGAUGAAGGAUGAACUCGAAAUGGCCAAUCCCUUCAUCUUCGAGACUGAUUUAGAUUCCAUGGACGAUGCUCAAUUCGAUCCACCUACUCACCACAGGGGACAUAGUCUCGGUAUCCCUCCGGAACCAUUCCAGCUGCCCAUCAAGCUGCACUUCCGGGCAGUUCAAGGCGACAUUGAGAAUUGCGAGUGAGGCGCAAGCGUCGUCACUCAGUUGAUUGGCGAACCAGACUUUCGUGGCCAACGGGUCAGCAAAGUCAGCAGGGCGAUGCACAUCUUUGCCCCAGAGAAAGCAGAAGAUCAGCCCGCGUGGGCGCAGGUGGUCUACCGCCCAUGGCUCUAUGUCGUAAAGCUCAACGAGCUCGAGACCGCGAAUCCCAAGCCGACGCGUCAGCGAGGUGAACACCCCGGGAUCAGAUUCCAGAACAGCAAAAGGUCCGCCGACCAGGUCCUCCGGUGACGACGAUUCCGGCGCGUCGCGGUCAGCAUUGCCUUGUAAUAGCGGACCUGACUUGGCGGUGGCUGUGAAUUGGCCGCGCCCAAUUUCGAACCUCAAAUCCCUCUCUCUGACUCCCCAACAUCAUCUACUCUGUUAUCUCAACAUCCUUCUCAAUCGCCAGCAUCCCUGCCGAACGUGACUGAUUAUCAGGACAUUUGCACACAGUCGAAUAGUAGCUGAUAAUGUCAAACACAAAUAAGAAUGCUGUUGAAACCGAGUCCUCGCUCUUCCACCCAACAGUCACUCACCGAUCUCAAACAGCUCGACAAUCAAGCUUCCCAGCUCAUCAUUAAUGCACUCGAACGCACCAGCUCCGCCCAACCGAAGGCUUCUUCCGACAACAAGGGCUCAUUUAGCAAAAUGUCGUUUAGCUCGAUGAUGGGAGGGCUGAGCUCGAGUUUGUCGCUGAGCAGGACGUCCACCAACACUUCGGUGGACACCGAGCGUGGUCGCAGCACGCUGAGCGCUGUGAGCCAGCCGCGCUCUUCAUCGCAUGUUCCUCCGUCCUCCGAGGAUCCUUCGCGCAGCCGGUCGCGCGCUCGUUCUCAAUCUCCAUUCACAUUCCGUCGGUUUCGCCAGCAGCGCGAACCGUCGCCGACUCCUCAAGCCCUUCCUCUAACCCACUCCGAUGUGGACCUGCACGAACCACUGACCGUCCGUCCACGAACCGCCUUCUCCGACGACGCAGACGACUCGGGAGACGAGACCGCCAACGAAAGCGAAGUCGACGAUGAGGAUGAAUGGAGCGAAGACGACGAUAACGGGUUCGAUCCCGUCACAGAGCGCAACACCGAGCACAACUCUAUUGUAACUCCCGCUGUACCCGAAGAGCAGGACAUCUAUGCCGAUCCGCUUGGCGAGGGCGUGAACGUAAUCCUUCCCCCCGAGCCUUACUUCCCGAGUACACUCAAUUCUGGGUCUUCUUCGGGAGCGGGAAAGCGGAAUCCCCGCCGACGCAAGUCGACUAGACACCACGAGCCUCUUCCGUUGCAGACCUCUCGCCCAAUCUUCCAGCGCGAUCGCUGCACAAUCACCGUCACCCAGGGAAACCCCGAUGUCGCGCUGGAGACGCGCAGGGGAAAGCGAUACAUCGUCGCGAGCGAUUUGAGUGAGGAAAGUCGGUACGCGGUCGAGUGGGGGAUCGGUACUGUGAUACGCGACGGCGACGAAAUGAUGAUCGUGAACGUGAUGGAGAACGAGGUCGAUCCCCCCAUUCCGAAUGCUGCAGACCGAGCAGUCAAGCUGCGCAGCCAACAGGAGCGACAAGGCCUGGCAUAUAUCCUGUGCCGUCAAGCGACGAGCCUGCUGCAGCGGACGAAACUGAACGUAACGGUCGUGUGCCAGGCUUGGCAUGCUAAGAAUGCUCGACAUAUGAUUUUAGAUAUCGUCGACUAUUACGAGCCUAGCAUGUUGAUCGUGGGGUCACGAGGACUGGGUCAACUCAAAGGCAUCCUUCUUGGAUCGACCUCGCAUUAUCUGAUUGAGAAAUGCUCUGUCCCGGUGAUGGUGGCUCGCCGACGACUGAAGCGACCCCCUCGUAGAUCUGCGCAUCUGUCCACUUCGCGCAGACAUGUUUCGCUGGCCGAAGCCGGGAUCGAUCGUGUUGCCGCCAAAGUCGACGCGGACGUCCAAGUCAUGCGUGACGAGUUGCAGCGCGACGACGACAGACGGGAGGCUCACAAGGAUCAUGAGGAAGUUGAGGUUGAUGAGGAACUGGAAGACGAUGCCGGGGAGGAAACUGAAGCUGGGACUAAGGUCGCUGGUUGAAGAGGUUGGACGAUCAUCGAUAGACCGAGUUGAUACGGAUGAACUUCACGAAUGGAUACUUACUUAUUUAGUCAAUGAUAUUGCAGGCCUCCCUACAGUCAAAUACAAACUUUAUGCAGUACAUUGUGGUUA